AUGACCCAUCGGACUCCGGAUCACCCGUCGCCUCCGCUUGACCUGUACCCGAUCGAAGUCAAGGUCCGAGCUAUAGAGAAGGCCGCAUUGGCCAAAAUCUUCUUCGAGACUUACUACAAUGAGCUUCUGGACGACCGCCCGACGUCACGCUCCGUGCGCCUCAGGAACUUCAGAGACCAACUCGAUAACAAUCCACUCUUGCGUCCCGAAGCAAGGGAAAGACUCGAGGCGGCCUUCUUCCACCAGGAGAGUGCUCAUCUCCGGGAGUACAGGACCCUACAGUGCCAGAGUCUCAAGGCUGCCACUGGCCGUAUCGAGGACGGCCGUGGUCCCUGUUUGCAGAACUACAAGAGCAUCAAGAUUCUCGGCAAAGGAAGCUUUGGCGUCGUAAAACUGGCGCGGGAAAUCCGUCAAACCCAGACGACGAACGAUUAUGGACUUGGUGGAAAACUGUUCGCCGUGAAGGUUAUCAAAAAAUCGGACAUGAUUCGGGGUUGCCAGGAAGGCCACCUGCGUGCGGAAAGGGACUUUCUCAUUGCUUCCGAAGCCUCUCAGUGGAUCGUCCCUCUCAUUGCCAGUUUCCAGGACGCCACCAGCCUGUACCUUGUUAUGGAUUAUAUGCCCGGGGGCGAUUUCUUGGGGUUCCUCGUUCGCGAGAACAUGUUGAAUGAGAAUGUUGCGCGCCAUUACGUUGCCGAGAUGAUCGUCUGCGUGGAAGAGGCCCACCGGCUCGGCUUUAUUCACAGAGACGUCAAGCCCGACAACUUCCUGAUCGACGCCCGUGGACACCUGAAGAUUUCCGACUUUGGACUGGCCUUCGACGGGCGAUGGCCUCACGACAAGUUGUACUACCAAUGGCAUCGCGAGUCUUUGCUACGGAAGCUGGGUAUCAAGCUCGACGGCGACAGGGAGGACAGAAAGGAAAAGACUUCGAGGUCGUCCAAGCGGCGGAUUCCGCUGGUUGGACACCUGCUUGACUGGCGGGCUACCCGGAAUCGCUCCUUUGCACAGUCAGUCGUCGGCACCAGCCAUAUUGGCAUCAUCCUGUUCGAGUGUCUGUACGGCCAUACUCCUUUUCUCGAUGUAAACGGUCGGCGCCAGACCAAGUUAAAUAUCCUGAAGCACAACCAUACCCGUUUCUCGUUCCCCGAAGAGCCCCGGGGCAUCAGUUACGAAUGCCAGGACUUGAUUCUGCAUUUGCUGCGAGACAAGAGAGACCGCCUUUCCUCGUACAAGUACCGGGAACAAGACAUCCACAUGGCGUUCGACUUGGCCUUCCCUCCUUGCCAAUAUGUGUUUGACGAGGACGACGCCGUGGAUAUCAAGAGACAUAGCUGGUUUAGGGGCAUCGAUUGGCAGAACUUGCACCGCACGCUCCCUCAUUUCGUACCCUACUUGCAGAAUCCCGAGGACACGCGCUACUUUGACGAAGACGAACCCAUCGCAGACUGGUCUGAAUCGCUCGAGGAUGAUCAGCACAGCGAGCCUCCCGAGCCCCCUUGUUCGGCCAAGAAAGUGCGUCACGUCUUGCGUCGCGAGGGAUUUGGGAGCAGGAGCAUCAAUGACUUCUUGAGCUUGAUCGGGGAGCCGUUCGACUCGACCAGACUCCGCCAGAUUGAUCAGGUGAUCGACACGUUCGCCCGCCUCAACGAGAAGGGCAAACAGCUCCUCAAACAUUACGUCCGCAAGUUCGGCCAGAUGGAGCGUAAGCGGGCACGAGAUAUUCUCCUCCGCGACCGACGCACUCGGCGAGAUGUCAUGGCCAUUCGGAAGCAAAAGGCGUUCACUGGGUACACGUGGAGGCGAGCACCGUCUCCGCCUCGCGUCCCGACGCUUGAAGGGUCGGUCCAGUCAGGGGUACCCUUCCGGGAACAGUUCAUGUACGAUGGUUACCCGCCGGCGUACGGGAUGCAGCCACUGUACUGGGACGGAAAUGGCCAGUGCGAGAUUGCCGGGAGGCGGUGUUGGGAUCCUGCUUCAUACCAGCAACAACAGCCUCUGGGGAGGUCGUAUUACUGGGAAAGGGGGUUUCUGUGAGCCUUGUCCUAGAGGAGGGAACAGGGAUAAAACGGCACAAAAGGGAAUGCAUGGCCAGUGGCAAGAAAAAUG